ACGCGUAGAACGGUAGAAGCAUCGCAGCCAGGAGGGGGGACUCGCAGGAGGGUUGCGUGUGGAGGAGGCGGACCAUGGAGCUCACCGGCGCCGUGCUCCGGCCAUCGCUGCCGUCGGCGUCCCCAGUGACGGCGAGGGGGAGGAGGAGGCCGCCCAGGGUGUCCUGCGUCGGGGGCGGGUUCGCCGAGGAGGGGCACCUCAAAUACUACGAGGCCCUGGCGCCGCGGAAGAAGACGUUGGAGGCGGUGGCGAGGGACCUGGCCAAGAUCCGGGCCAUGGGGCUCGCCGCCGGCGACGCGGCCAAGGAGAAGGUCCUCUCGGAAGCCACAAGUCUUCUACUACAGGAGUUGAACCAGAUGAAGGAUGAGGAAUACAAGAUGAAAAUGGCGCGGAAAGAGGAGAAGGCUGCCAUUAAAGCACUGAAGAAGCAGCAGAAGGAAGCAAAGAAGGCUGCUGCAGCCAUGAACUGCGAAGAUGAAUCCUCUGAAUCAAGCGAGAGCGAGUGUGACGAGCCAAUCAUGAAAAUUGAGCGAGGCAUGGAGGUCUCAACAGCAGUUUCCGAAGUUGCUGCAUCUGGCACCUCAACUGUCUCCAUAGUGGAGUGCGAGAAGGCUGCGAUGAAGGCCAUGAAGAAGCUGGAGAAGGAGCAAAAGAAGGCUGCAAAAAAGGCCAUGAAGUUGAAGAAGGAAGCAAAGAAGAUGGCCAUGGCCGCACUGAAUGGCUGCGAGGAUGAAGACAGCUCCUCCUGCUCAUCAGAGUCCAGCGACAGCGAAUGCGGGGGUGAAGUCGUGAGAAUGAGCCGAUGUGCUACAAUCACCGCACCUGAAACGCCACCUCGAAGCGUGAUGUUUCCAAUCAUAGUUCCUCAAAUUCCAGAAUCUGUGGCACCAGAGCCAUCGACGGACACUCGGAUCUCUUCAGAGCCUGCAACCGCAAUGCAAUGCACCACCGCAGUAGUUGAGAAGCCAAUGACAAACAGAAUCGAGGUCUGCAUGGGGGGCAAGUGCAAGAAAUCAGGCUCACUUGCUCUUCUGCAGGAGUUUGAGAAGGUGGUGGGCACCGGAGGCACGGUUGUUGGCUGCAAAUGCCUGGGGAAGUGCGGGCUAGGCCCAAACGUGCGUCUGAGCAGCGAGGGUGCAGCACAAGGUUCUGUAAAGAGGAACCCUCUCUGCAUCGGUGUAGGGUUAGAGGAUGUUGGCACCAUAGUUGCAGGCCUCUAUGGAGACAGUGAUCUGGGCAUGACGCCCACCUAGACCUUGUAGUUCCAAGAGUGGAAGCUGUAUUUACAGAUGUUGUACUGAACAUAUAUACGGUGCAGAUCAUAGCCACGGCCCUGCUAAGUUUAUGUACUAUAGAUCCUCUGUAUGCUAAUCAAGAUUCAUGAGUUGUGGCUC